AUGGAGGAUUUGGAGAUAGAGGAACAACUGGCGCGGAUUAAAAAGAGAGAUUUAUUCCAGACAUAUUUCUACAAAAUGGCAAGCAGAGUGUUCGGUCCCGCUAAAACACGGGACAGGGUUUUCAUCGCGCCACCGAUGCCCAAAAUGCCCGUUUGCAUGCCGAAGCCUGCAUGCCAAGUGCCGACAAAAUGCCGAUAUGGGUCAGUGGCAGUUGCGGCCAUGGUGUCGGGAGCAGGGGACAGAGUCAGUGGCGCUCCAAUGACAGUGCUGCCUUUGGAAGGUAAUGACGCGAAGCAUCAAGACUGGGUUAACCAAAGGAGGUCCUUUCGUCGACAGUUCGAUAGUCUCGGAGAUUUGUCGAAGUGGGUUGACAGCAAGCCGACGGUGACCGAGCUGGAGAUGUUGGUUGUGGAAAGAGAGAAAAAGAAGCAGAAAACUCCCUCACCUGUCCCGGGUUUUACUUUGACACCCCCUGAGGCUCAUAAGGUAACCCCAGUGAGCCAAAUUAAGUAGAUAUGUAUUUUAGAUUUUUUUUUCCCAGGCGUUGAAAUCAAGUUCAUUUUCAGUUCUGAAUUAAAGUUGAAAAGACGUUGAAAAUAUUAUUUUACGUUGAAAAUACGUAUUUUAUAGACGUUUAAAAUGUAUUAUUUUGGUAAUUGUUUCUAUGGCCAAAUUUCAACUGUACUUACAUUCACUUAUAUCUAGAAAGCAUUAUAUAACAUUCAUCAUUUUUUAUUCUAAUUGGAGCAAAUUGAAGAUUGCAGUAUGGAAUAUUUAUUAUUCCUCCCAUUAUGUGUUUUUCAAAAAGCUUUAGAACUGGCAGUGAUCAUGUUCAAAGUUUUCAGACCAACAACAAACAACAACAGAACACUUAAACUACAACAACAUUCUCAGUUACAGUCUGUGGUAUGUCGUUGUUUAUCUACCUUAAUUGAAUGCAUGGAUGGUAAGUCCUCUGAAUAAGAGCAUCUGCUAAAAGGCCAAAAUGUAAAUGUAAAAAAUAAAGACUUGCAAAGCAUGCUGGGUAUUAUUCUAAUGCCAAAAGCAUGCUGGGUAUUAUUCUAAUGACAUCUGCACCCAAACAAUUGGUCGGUCCUGACCGGACCAAAUCUGAACCAAUCAUAGACGUCUACGUUUUACAAGUUUGUACAGCACAGUACAGUACAGUACAGUACAGUAGAGCACAUUAGAGUUUAGUUCAGUACAGUAGAGUUUAGUUCAGUAGAGUAGAAUACAGUUCAGUACAAUAUAGUACUUUAUACUGUACUUUACUCUACUGUGCUCUACUGUACUCUACUGUGCUCUACUAUACUUACUGAACUAUACUCUACUUUACUUGACUGUACAUCACUGUACUCUACUCUUCUGUUCUCUACUGUGCUGUACUGUGCUGUCCAUACUUGUAAAACAUACACGUCUAUGAUUGGUUAAAAUUUUGCUCCGGACUGGACCAAAUCUGAACCAAUUAUAGACGUCUAUGUUUGGGCCAAGGCCAAAUCAAGUCUGGUCAGGACCGGACGUCUGUGGACGUUGAAAUCAAGGCCAGGGGGGACAGACCAAAUGUAAGCGUCUUUUCAAUGUCCAUGGAUGUCCGUUUCCAGACGGUGCUCACUGGGAAAUCAUCAAUGAGUGAUGCCCCCAUGGCUCUUAGACCCCAUUAUGUUACUUGUCUUAAUCACCUUUCUCUGUCCCUUCUCCAGGCCAGAACACGUGCCAGCCCGACCCGUCCUUCUCGGUGGGCUAAUGUGCCUCGUCCAAGCGCAGUCCGGUCCCCACUGUGCAAGGUAAAGGAGGUAAAGAGGUACUGCCGCACUCACAAGCUCCGACCCUCUGAACUGGCCAAGAGGCUUGACAAACAUGGCACGGGACUCAUCAGUCGGAAUGACCUCCGAGCUGUGUUUGAGAAGGUAGUGAUCCUAUAAAUAAUAUAAUGACAUGGCAAUCUGUGUGGUCUAUGUGUGUGUUUAUUGAUAUUGAUGCAUCCCCAUCAGGAGGGCAUCCCUGUGGUGCCAGAGCAUCUGGAUCACCUGGUGUCCACUCUGAGCGGCAUGGAGGGGGACACAGUGACAGUGAAGGACCUGGCGGAGGGCAUCAAGGCCUGGAGCCUGGAGAGGGAGAGGGAGGAGAGUACCAGCUGGGGCCGCAGGGGCCUGACAGAGAGAGGAGACCUAGAGCUGGAGAAGGGGUGCAACAGGGAAAUAGAGAGAGUGAGGGGCAGGGAGCAGCGGUUUCCCGAGCAUCCCAGGUUAGUAAAGACAUGAUCCUCUCAGCUCAUCACCCAAAGAGCAUUGUGUAGCAUUGUUAAGUUGUAUGAUGUGAUUAAAUGGCUACAAAUGCAGUGCUAGAAAGACCUCCCAUUGCCAUGUCUACUCUCCUCUUUCAUCCCCUCCCCUCCCCUCCACUCUCCUCCCCUCCUAUCCCCUCCUCUCUUCUCCUCUUAGCACGGAAGCCAGUGUGGAGCCGUGGUCCUAAGCGGGGGUCGGGGAGGCAUGGUGCCCAGCUCCUGCCCCUCCCCAGUCCUGAGCUGUGCCUGCAGACUCCCCUGUCUCUGGAGGAGCAGCAGGAGCAGGCCCGUAUCCAGCAGCACCACCGCAACAGGAUCAAGGUGAGGGAAGGACCAACACAAUCAAAUCCUACAGGCAGGACACCUGUCCAGAGACAGUCGUCCCUACAGAGCAUCAAGGCUAUUACGGCCACUCUCUCUCUAUUUCCAUUGGCCCUAUCAUGACCUAACCUCUGACUCUAACCUUGUCUGUAGAAGGGCAUGCAGGAUGAGGAGGUGCUGGCCAUCAUGAGGACAGUUUGUACAGGGAACCCCACCCAGGACGCCCACUCCCACCCGUCCUCUCUGGGAGGAGACACGGCCAAAGCGGUGGACAGGUUCAGGAGACAGUGUCUGGGGGAGUACCUGGACUCACUGUACCAGUGUCACACACAGGGGGUCACAGUCAACCAGGCCACACUGGAGAGAGGUGAGACCCAUAGAAAAACACACAUACAGCAACAAUGACACACACAGUACACAAACACAGUACACUAGACACCCAAGCACAUAGAUGUUUAGUUGGGGGUGCUGGAGGGGGGUGGACACCUUUAUAAUAAUGCAUUGCAUGCAUCUAUAAACGCAUUUGCGUAGUGGCAUACAGUUGAGCAGACACAUUUUUAGGAUUUCUUUUUUUAGCUGGGUCUGGAAAACAAAUGGGCCUUUUAUAAACGCAUUUCAUGCAAUUCUACGUCAUUUACAUGAUAGAAGAGAUUAGCAGAAUAUUUUGUUAUACCACACAAAUGGCCAAAAUAAUAAUUUGUUAUCAUUAUUAUUAUUUUAUAUCAUUAUUAUUGUGUGCGUAUUUAUUUAUCUAAACCAGUUUUUAAAUAUGCAAAACGUGUUUUGUUUCAUUCUGUAGAGAAAUUUCCGUUGGCUAAAUUAAGUUCGAUCUGUCUUUUUAAUUGUGUGCUCCGUAUUUAGUUUAAGAUAGGUUAUAAGUAGGCCUUUUGUAAAAUAAAUAUAAUUAGCCUAUUGCUGUCAUUUGUUGGGUAAGUUAGGCACUAGUCUUUCUUGGUAAUUGCUGCAAUAUAGCCUGUUCAAAACUUUUGUGAAGGUUUAAGCCCAGUUCCAAGUGUUUUGUUUCAUUCUGUUGAGCCAUUUUCUUUGGCCAAAUUAAGUUCCAACUGGAAUGUUGUGUUUGCCGGGAUAUAAUAUCCUGCAUGUAUUAUCCCUAUAAACAAUGGCUUGACUUACUUUUGAUAUUACCCUAAUAAAGUUUAGAAACUUAUGUUAAGGUUUGGUGUGGUAGGGCUAUUAGCGUAUACUGCAGCAUAUGAUAUGAAGGUAGUGCGCACCAGCGUUCCAACUGACUCCGACAGUUGAACUUGAGGUGACAAAGAAUGUAUUAGGCCUACCAGAGUUACUCUUAUAAUCUAACAAUAUAAUGCUUAUCUUUAUAAAAAAAUAUUCUGAUAGAAAAAUAACAAAUUAAUCUUCUUCUGUACGCCUAUAUCUGUAUAGCAGACGCAGUAGCCCAUCUGACAACGAUAAAUAAAUGCAUGUUGGUGUCGUAGCAUGCAGCCGACAUAUCUCUAUCUCUCUCUCUCUCUCUCUCUCUGGGGCUAGGCCUAAACUGUGUUUUCUUCCUUUAUAUUAAUUUUCUAAAUAUUCAUAUCAUACAGUAGAUGCCUAAGCAUAUAUAGGCCUAUGCAUGCAAUGCCCUGAUGCAUUUAGUGCUCAAAUCUCUGACAGCUGAACCAUGAGGUGGACAAUUAUUGUUUUAGGAAAGUAAAAACAAUAGGCUAUAAAGUUUUGCAUAUGCUACACAUCGAAACACAAGGAAUAGUGUUUUUGUAAUUUGUUAUAGGCUGUUUUUAAGGAAUAUAAAUGUGGCUCAUUUGGCCAAUAUCCCUCGUUUAUUGAUGGCGCUGGCUGUGUGGGAGGACGCCCUAUUAGGUUAUGCACCCAAUGCAUAUGGAUGACCGGUACAUUUCUCAAAUGUCAGAUAAAUUAAAAUCUUCCCAGUCACUUGUCCAACAGAAACCCUGAUAUAAAGUAUACACUGACCAGGUGAAUCCAGGUGAAAGCUAUGAUCCCUUAUUGAUGUCACUUGUUAAAUCCACUUCAAUGAGACAGGUUAAAGAAGGAUUUUUAAGCCUUGAGACAAUUGAGACAUGGAUUGUGUAUGUGUGCCAUUCAGAGGGUGAAUAGGCAAGACAAAAUAUUUAAGGGCCUUUGAACAGGGUAUGGUAGUAGGUGCCAGGCACACCGGUUUGUGUCAAGAACUGUAGCAUUGCUGAGUUUUUCACGCUCAACAGUUUCCCAUGUGUAUCAAGCAGAGGAUGCUGGUGGGAGGAGCCAAAGGAGGACAGGCUCAUUGUAAUGGAUGAAUGGAAUAAAUGGACCGGAGUCAAACGUGGUUUCUAUAUGUUUGAUUUGUUUGAUACCGAUCCAUUGAUUCCAUUCCAGCCAUUACAUUGAGCCCAUCCUCCUAUAGCUCCUCCCACCAGCCUCCUCUGAUGUCAAGAAUGGUCCACCACCGGCCUCCCGAGUGGCGCAGUGGUCUAAGGCACUGCAUCGCAGUGCUAGCUGUGCUACUAGAGAUCCUGGUUCGAGUCCAGGCUCUGUCGCAGCCGGCUGCGACCGGGAGACCCAUGGGGUGGUGCACAAUUGGCCCAGCAUCGUACAGGUUAGGGGAGGGUUUGGCCGGCAGGGAUGUUCUUGUCCCAUCGUGCACUAGCGACUCCUGUGGCAGGCCGGGCGCAAUGCGCCCUGACACGGUCGCCAGGUGGGCAUUGUGUCAAGAAGCAGUGCGGCUUGGCUGGGUUGUGUUUUUGGAGGCUCUCGACCUUCGCCUCUCCGGAGUCCGCACGGGAGUUGCAGCGAUGGGACAAGACUGUAACCACCAAUUGGAUACCACGAAAUUGGGGAGAAAAAAGGGGUAAAAUAAGUCAACAUGGGCCAGCAUCCCUGUGGAACACUUUCGACACCUAGAGUACAUGCCCCGAUGAAUUGAGGCUGUCCUGAGUGCAACUCAAUAUUAAGAAGGUGUUCCUAAUGUUUGGAAUACUCAGUGUAUAGUAUAGGCUACAGUAGGCUACAAAAUAAACUUUCCAGUGACACUGACUCACCCAAUGAUGAAGAUGAAGCAUAGGCUACUCACCGGUGAUGUGCUCGUGCCAAUAUUUGAAGAUAAGCUACUUUGAAAAUCAGUGCGGUUCGCUAAGAAUUGCUCCAAAGCUGUUGAGAUUUUUUUUUUUUGCUUCUACAGACAGAUUAGUCUUCUCUUUUUAGCAGUAUGCAUUUGCUUUCCAAAUGGUAGGCCUAUGUUUUUCUCGUGAUUGUAUUUUGAAAUUUGUGAAAGGCAAACUGACAGCCGCAACCAACCAUAGAAAUAUAACCCAAAGAUGGCAGUUCCCAUUCAAGUCAGGACUGGCAGCCAAUGCUAGUGUACCCAGUCAAAGUGCCAGGAUUAGAGGUUCCAAAAUCCUUCAAUGGAUUAUACUUUAUCUAUGGCCACAACGCAGCACCCCCAGCACCCAUACUUCCCGCGGCUAUGCCCAAGCCAAUACCUUGAGGCAGGAAUGAGGUAAAGCACAAACAUUUACCCCUUUGGCUUUACACACACAAACAGUUCCAGAUGAUGUUGACACCUUUUCUAUUCUAAUCACAUGACCUUAUGUGACACAAGUACCCUUCAUUACUGAUUAAUAGCACUUUAAAGCACCUUGAUUGUAGGUGUGUGUGUGUGUGUCCUGCUCCUCCUCAGUUCUGCUGCAUCCAGGGGACCAUGUCCUAGGGGGUCCGAAAUGUCCCGUGCUGAGGCAGGCAGGGUCGAAUCCCAUGCCGGGGUGUGGGGGCCGUCUGAGGACCUGGAUCGGCUAUAGCGGCAGUACACCCCCGGGGGGGCGAGGAGAAGGAGGAAGAGGAGCAUGACCUGGAGGAAGAGGCCGCUCUACACAAAGUCUGCAAGGAUACGUGAGUAUUUAUGUCAUCAUCCGCAGAUAGAUGACCAAAUUGACCACACAGUGAGAGUCACAUCAAGCAGAGAAUAGCGAUAUAAGUUUGUAUUAUAAACUGGGUGGUUCAAGCCCUGAAUGCUGAUUGGCUGACAGCCAUGGUAUAUCAGGCUGUAUACCACGGGUAUGACAAAACAUUUAUUUUUACUGCUCUAAUUACGUUGGUAACCAGUUUAUAAUAGCAAUACGGCACCUCUGGGGGUUGUGGUAUAUAGCCAAUAUACCACGGCUAAGGGCUGUAUCCAGGCACUCCGCGUUGCGUCAUGCAUAAGAACAUUCCUUAGCCAUGGUAUAUUGGCCAUAUACCACACCUCCUCGUGCCUUAUUGCUUAAUUAUACCACAUGCAGUUCUGACAGUGAGGGAGAAGUCUACAGCUCUGACAUUACCUGUGCUGUUUUCUGCCUUCUCCUCCAGGCCUCUGUACCCCUCCCAUAGGUCUGUGCGUCGGGGGCCCAAGAUGAUGACCCUGUCCACAGGUCGAGCUGAGGUCAGACACAAGACCGAGUGCUGGCUGACCAGGGAGGAGUACGCCCACAUGACCAGGUGAGGAGGAAGUGACAUAAGUGUUAUUAUAGCAAGCAGCCACACUCUUAGAAAAAAAGGUGGCAAGUUCCCACAGGGGAAUCCUUUUUGGUGCUGGGUAGAACCCUUUGCAGAGGGUUCUAUCUAGAACCCUCUAUGUAGGGUUCUUCAAAGAACCCCCUGUAUAUGGUUCUACCUAGAACCCUCUAUGAAGGGUUCUACCAAAAACCAUUUUAUAAUCCAAAGGUUCUUCCUAGAAUCAUCUAUGAAGGGUUCUACCGAGAACCCUUUUAUCUUUGGAGGGUUCUUCCUAGAACUCUCUAUGAGCGGUUCCACCAGCCUUAUUAGCCUCUAAAAUUAAAAUUAUUUAUGACAAUACAUUACAUAUAUCAUAAGGCCUUUCUUUGAGGGCAUAGUUAUACCCAAACACAGUGGUGUUAGGAAUCUCCUGGUUUACAGGCCACAUCAGGCCUGCAAGUCACAUUAUGCUGGCUUGCAAAGUGAUGUGUAAUUCCUAUUGGAAUCCAGCCAGAGUUAAGAUAUCCAACAACUGGAAUUGUUAAUCACCCACAACCUGCUUUCAGAAUGACUGCCAGGUUAGAUAAGAUUGAAUAUUGAGACUACCUCAAUCAUCUAAACUGGAACAACCAUCUCAGUAAUUCUGAUAAUCUCCCUGCAAUAGUGCAUGCUGGGAAAUAGUAUAUAUGGUUCUAUGUAGAACCCUUCUUGCCUUCCAAAGAAUCCUUCUUUCCUUCCAAAGAAUCAUCUUCCAAAAAUGGUUCUUAGGAUGUUAAAAGUUCUAGGUAGAACCCUUUACCUUAAAAAGAACCCUUGUCUUCCAAAAAGGGUUCUUCUGAUCAAACCCUAUUCCUCUGCAAAGAACCAUUUUGGAACCCUUUUUACUAAGAGUGCACAAUGAUAGUAGCCACAGCAACAACAAUGUGUACUGUUUAACAUGUGUAGUGUGUAUGUGCUGUUUGUUUGGAGCAGCAACAUGAGGGAGCCGUCCAGCUGUAGAGCCGACCCUAACGCGUUCUGGCCUGGUCAGGACAACCAUGUGAGACUCUACCUGCCCAGAGUGGGCCUGUCUCCUGAGGGGGUCCUCUUUGAGCACAUCAUCCGCUCUCCCGCCCCAAGCCCCGGCAACUGGCCUGUCAGCGACAGGGGCUACUCCACCUCUGGAGACAUAGAUGGACACAAGGCCUACACCCUGUAG